AAUAAUUCUCCCGCCUAAAAUACUUUACAAAUAUUUGUUGUCUCUCCCUGUUUGUUUUAACUCCUUCGAUGGCGCUAACGACACUGCAAAUUUAGUUUGACAUCGAACAUUGUUUUGCAAAAAAAAAUAGUACUCCAGAUAGAACUCAAGUUCAUCUGUUACCGAUUUAAUUUGAUGAUUCACAUUCGACUGAAAUCCGCGCGCGACUCGUUCUUUGGUGAUAUGUCUUUUGUUUUUAUUUUAUGAUAGUGUUAGUCAGUCGCGCGAUAAAGGCUAGCGAGACGGCUUGUCUGCCCGUUCCCGGUUUUCUCGGGCUUGUUUAUCCGGCUGGGGUAGUUAGCGCGGCGGAGUGGCGCCCCGCGGCAGUGCCUCCGUAGCCCGCCCAGCGAUGGGACGCUCGACGCCCGCCCAACUGUUCCCUAUCGCACGCGUACGACCUCAACAACACAGGUGAACCACGCGACUAUAAAAAGGACAAUCAUCUAAUGUGACUGAGACAAAAUGACUCCUUUUAUACAUUUAUAUUGUGUUAUAUGGAUAGAGUUAUUGACUGGCUGCUGCACCACGACAGGUCGGGAAUUACCUACCGGGCAAAAUGUAGUGUCUGUAGCACCCAUAGAAGUUCCCGAUGAAUCAAUGUACCCGAGAUUUGCUGAACCUAUACCGAACGUGACGGUUACAAUUGGCAGGGAUGCUCUUCUUGCGUGCGUAGUUGAUAAUCUCAGGGGAUUUAAGGUAGCGUGGGUGCGCAUGGAUACACAGACGAUCCUCAGUAUCCAUCACAAUAUUAUAACUCAGAAUGCGCGCAUCAGCCUCUCAUACAACGACCACCGCUCGUGGUAUCUACACAUCAAGAACGUGCAGGAGGUGGACCGCGGCUGGUACAUGUGCCAGGUCAACACCGACCCUAUGCGCUCCAGGAAGGGAUAUCUGCAGGUCGUAGUGCCCCCAUCAAUCAUCGAUAACAUGACGUCAACGGAUAUGGUGGUGCGGGAAGGCUCCGACGUGACCCUGGUGUGUCGCGCCUCGGGCUACCCUGAACCCUACGUCAUGUGGAGACGAGAAGACGGACAAGACUUUAAUUACAACGGCGAAUCAGUUAGCGUUGUGGAUGGAGAGACAUUGACAAUAACAAAGGUGUCUCGGUUACACAUGGGAGCGUACCUUUGUAUCGCAUCUAAUGGGGUGCCACCUUCGAUUAGUAAACGGAUCAUGCUCAUGGUACAAUUUCCCCCGAUGCUGUCAAUACCCAACCAGUUGGAAGGAGCAUACAUCGGGCAGGACGUGACUCUGGAGUGCCACACGGAGGCGUAUCCCUCCUCCAUCAACUACUGGACCAAUGAUCGUGGAGACAUGAUUAUUUCUGAAAUGGAAAUUAUAGGGGGCAAGUACGAGGCGUUCCCGAUGGACAGCGGCUACAACAAGUUCAUGAUGCUCAAGAUUAAGAACAUCACGAAGGACGACUUCGGCUUCUACAAAUGCAUAGCCAAGAACUCUCUGGGCGAAACGGACGGAAUCAUCAAACUCGAUGAAAUUCCGGCUCCACCAUCCGCUUUUACAACGACACAAAAAACGGUAUUAGACAAUCAGACCAACAGAAAAAAAGGCUUGCCGCAAAUCAUUCAGAACAGUGACGCAAUCAGUUCGAAUUUCCAAGGUGAAAUGUACGGUGAACAGCUAAGUGACUUCGAUGACGAUUUGGAAAGUUCAUCGAAUAAUAACAAAAUAAGUUGUUUGUUAACCUACGUAGUCAUUUCUCAUGUGAUACAUACAGCUAGGCAUGUUUUACUUUCUUGAUAUUAAUUGUUUAAUGAAUAUUUAUUUAUUUGUUGCUACGUUUUUGUUAAUAAUUUCUUAAGCUGAACAGACAAUAAAUUUUUGCUAUAUUUAUAACUUCAGUUUAGUUUUACGCUGUCUGUACACAACUUUAUGAAUGAAUUUAGUAAAUCGGAUGAACAGAGAUACUUAAAUUUCUUUUCUGUCGGUCAUAAUUCGUAUGACAUAUUACGAAUCGAGGUUAAAGUCAAGUUAUUGUGUUAGAAUGUCUAUUAUUAUUAAGGUCAUUAUGAAUAUAAUUUAUACUUAUUUUAUUAAAUAAGGCUAGGUGUCAGUAAAUGUAAAGAAUUUGUAAAUUGAAGGACUAAUUUUAUUACUAAGGCCUACGUGUCCUAGUUUCGCUUAGUUGUCAACGUAUUUGUACACAAGUUUUUCUACUACAUCGAUUUUAUAUAAAGCGCCUAGAGUCUAGAGGUACCCUAUAACUGUCCAUUGAACAUGUAUGUAGAUAUGUAAUUUCUGGUAAAAGAUUUAGUCGACGUAUACCUAACGAAUUAUUAAUACGUAAACCUACUGUGCUUUGGUAGUUUAUAUCUGGUCGAUAUUCUUUACCCUUCAUAAUGUAAGGCUUAUUUCUAAUUUAAUUUUAUUGUAAAACUUGUAUAAAUAAGUUGCUUAAUGUAAUAUACCACUAGUAAAAUAGGGAUAGAAAAUUUUUGUGAUGAUUUACAUGAUGCUACAAAACGGAACUGCCAAAUACCUAAAUGUGUAAAAUACGAAAAUAAAACGAAGCUUGAAAUGU